GGAUUCUUUCUUUCACCUUUUUAAUUCCUUAUAUUUUUGUUCAAAAAGAUGCAAGCUAUAACGUACCAGGAUCCUUUUAAGGUUAUUGUUAAAACCGUUGAUAUUCCAAAAUUAAUUGAACCAACUGAUGUUAUUGUGAAAAUUAUUGCUAGUGGACUAUGUGGAUCGGAUCUUCAUAUUUAUAGGGAAAAUGAGAGAGGAUUGGAUAAAGGAACCAUAAUGGGUCAUGAAUUCGUUGGAAUCAUUCAUGAAAUUGGUGAUGCCGUAACGACCUUAUCAAUUGGUGAUCGUGUUUUUUCUCCUUUUACAACGUCUUGCGAUAAUUGCUUUUAUUGUAAACGUGGAAUAACAUGUCGUUGUGAAAAAGGCAAUUUAUACGGAUGGAUAUCAAAAGGGAAAGGAAUUCAAGGAGCACAAGCGGAAUAUAUCAGAGUCCCUCUUGCUUCUACAACAUUAGUUAAAGUUCCACAAGAUAUUAAUGAUAAUGUGGCAUUAUUACUUGGUGAUGUAUUAUCAACAGGUUAUUUUUGUGCCCAAAAUGGUUUGGGUCAUGAAUUUAGUGAUAAUGACGUUGUUGUGGUUAUUGGAUGUGGUCCUGUUGGAUUAAUGGCUAUUGCUGCUACAAUUUUUCUUGGUGCUAAAUCUGUUUAUGCCAUUGAUUGCGUUGAAGAAAGAUUAAAAAUUGCUCAAGAAUUUGGUGCUAAUAUUAUUAAUUUUGUUGAAUGUGAUCCUUUGAAUAAAAUUAAAGAAUUAACUGAUGGUCGAGGUGCUGAUGUUGUGUUGGAGGUUGUUGGUAAUCCUUCAGCACUUGAAUUGGCGUUUAAUAUUCUUAGAACUUCUGGUGUAAUAUCUAGUGUUGGUGUUCAUAAUUCAACAACUUUUCCUUUUAGUCCAGCAAGUGGGUAUGAUAAAAAUCUUACAUACAAGUCAGGUAGAUGUCCGGUAAAGCAUAUUUUAACUAAAUCAAUUCCAUUGGCACUUUCUAAAAAAUUUGAUUUUGAAAAAAUCAUUACUCAUACGUUAAAAUUAUCUGAUGGUGAGAAGGCUUAUAAUAUAUUUGAUAAGAAAUUAGAUGGUUGUAUUAAAGUCGUAUUUAAGAUUUAAAUAUUGUUGUUUUUUAAUUAUUUUAUACGAAAAAAAAAAAAAUCAUUGUGAUAUAUUAAUUAUUUAUUUUUUUAAUAAAAAAUAUAUAAUUACG